UCUGUUAAUUUUCGCGUAUCUCUUUGUCUUUCCCCUGUUUGCUGGAGUUUCUGUUGUGGUCCCCCCUGAUUAUUUGCCCGUCUGGCCACUGUGCAUUCCGACGUGAUCACGCCCCUCGUUCACCACAUCUCCCCAUAUGCCGUCUUCUGAUUCCAAGUUUUCAACCCUAUUUCUGCCGGCCUUACUACUGUUCACUUAUCAGACGACCGACCGACCACUAUCUACUUGCCAGCCUAAUUUGAAUACAUUCCAUCUAACAUCGCAUUCUUUCCAGACCUUUGAGGAUCCCUUUUCGCCACCGCCAACAUGGGUCUCACCUUCUCGAAGUUGUUCGACCGCCUAUGGGGCAGAAAGGAGAUGCGAAUUUUGAUGGUUGGUCUUGAUGCAGCCGGAAAGACCACCAUUCUGUACAAGUUGAAGCUGGGUGAAAUUGUCACCACCAUCCCCACAAUCGGUUUCAACGUUGAGACUGUCGAAUACAAGAACAUUCAGUUUACCGUGUGGGACGUCGGUGGACAGGACAAGAUCCGUCCUCUCUGGAGACACUACUUCCAGAACACCCAGGGUAUUAUCUUCGUCGUUGAUAGCAACGAUCGCGAUCGUAUUGUCGAGGCCCGGGAAGAGUUGCAGCGCAUGUUGAACGAAGAUGAGCUCCGUGAUGCUCUCCUACUUGUUUUCGCUAACAAGCAAGAUUUGCCGAAUGCUAUGAGCCCCGCCGAGAUUACCCAGCAGCUUGGUCUGCAAAGCCUCACUCGCCGUCCUUGGUACAUCCAAUCUACCUGCGCCACUACCGGUGACGGCCUGUACGAAGGUCUCGAGUGGCUCGCCGAUGCUUUGCGGAAAACGAACCGCGACUAAAUUGUUAUAAUGUGACGAGUGGAAGAAUACCUGGACGUGUGAUGGGGAGUUGGGGAUGAUGGAUGGGGGCCCGAACCAACAAGGACACCUCGCGUAGGGAUGGGAUCUGCUACUUGGUGGUGCUUGUAUGUUCUCUAACGGCUCUUCAUUCCUCUAUGCUAUUUAGCUUUGAUUGUUCUCUUUCAUCCCGGCGUCGACCCUAACGAAAUACUCCUUUUGUGCCCUCAAACCUCAUACCUUUCAUUUCUUUUGUUUGAUCUCCAUGUGUUCUCUUACAGUCAAGACCUGAUAUUCAUGAUCACGGAGAACGGGUUUACGCUCCAGAUGUCAUAUGUAUCUCGAUGCAUCUUAUCUGCUUAUCGGAAAAUGUAGAAUUUGCAGCCAUUAGGCUCUUCCCCCUCUUUACAUAUGAUCUGGUUCUGAUCUCAUAAUCAAUCUCGGCGAUAUCGACAUAUGCU